GUGCAAAACUAAGUUGUUCUAAAACAAUCUCAUUACAAAAAAGAAAAAAGUUUUAAAACAUUGUAAAAGUUACAUUAAACCAGUUAAAAACAUUUUGAUUUUGUAGUUUUGCUUUAUUUACAUGAUAAAAUCAUCAAGGAAAUGAAAAUUGAGCAUGUCGAGGAGACAAAUUUAUGAAAAGUUAAAAACGCAAAGAAAAAAAACUUAUGAGUUUAUUCUUCAUCAUAAAUAGUUUAGUGUUUAUAUAGUUUACUGAUAACUAUAUUAAAAUCAAAGUUUAAAAUGCGUAGGAGAUAAAGCAUAUGUUUAUCUAGUAAAACUCAUGACUUUUCGGACCUAAUUCAUCCAAAAUAUUUACUCCAAAAAUAUAAAGGAAAAUAACAACAACAAAACAAAAGAACAAAAGUAAUAUCAUGGUUGCUCAUAUCAAAUCGCAUCGUUUAGUGACAUUUUUAAUAUAUUCAAGCUUAUCAAUAUAUGCAAGCCAUGGAUACACAGUACAUCAUACGAAAGAUUCGUUGUUAGAGGAUAUAGAGCAGUCAAACAGCUUAUCAAAUAAUGAUAUAGUUGAGCACCUACCGACUCCUGACCCCGCCAAAAUGUCUAAAAAACCUAAAAACACAAUAACCUGCCAUUGUGAUCAUUGUCAUGAUACCAACUACGUUUGCGAAACAGAUGGAGUUUGCUAUUUCUCAUGGGAGUUAGUAGAUGGAAAAUAUCAUUUCAGCAAACGUUGUCUUGAUCGACGUGAUUGGUUUCCUCCGGACAGUCCGAUCGCAUGGUGUAAAGAUCCGAACGUUUAUUGUUGCGAUAGUUUCAAAUGCAACAAUGGCUCAUUGACAAUUAAGUCAUUAUUUUAUGAUGAUGGUAGUGAUGGUCCUUUAUUAGCGCUUAUUUAUUUAUUUUCAUUACACGAUAUUCUAUGUUUUGACAAAGAAUUCCAUAUCCCACCCAAUGAUCCAAUUCCGUUUAUUUGUAAAGUAAGAACUGAGAAAAAGCUUGAAGCAAAUUAUUCGGAAUCAUGCUGCAACACCGAUUUUUGUAAUGAUUUUCAUUCACUCAAUCAAACUUUUUUACCUGGCUUGACAGUUCCGUUGAAGAAACCGGAACCAUUAGCAGAGAAUAUGAUUUACAUUGUGCUAUUUGCACUCAUUGCCACCAUCAUGGCUGUUGCUAUGAUAUCGGGAAUAUUCAUGCGUCGUCGUAAACAGAAUAGCGGUGGACCUCAAUUACUUGCUGAAGAAUCGCUUUGUGGUCAGACACUUCAUGACAUCAUUGAGAUGACAACGUCGGGAUCGGGCUCAGCGGGUCUUCCUUUGUUGGUUCAACGAUCCAUCGCACGACAAAUUCAACUUGAAAAAGUCAUUGGAAAUGGAAGAUUUGGUCAAGUAUGGCGUGGACGAUGGCGAGGCGAAAGCGUAGCUGUCAAAAUAUUUUCAAGUCGUGAAGAAUGCUCGUGGACAAGAGAAGCUGAAAUUUACCAAACAGCAAUGUUACGUCACGACAACAUUCUUGGAUUUAUUGCCGCUGACAAUAAAGAUAAUGGAACAUGGACGCAGCUUUGGUUGGUGACCGAUUACCAUGAGAAUGGAUCACUCUUUGACUUCCUCACAACUCACACUGUCAACUCACGGACAAUGGUCUUGAUGGCAUUGACAAUUGCUACAGGUUUAGCACAUUUGCACAUGGAUAUCGUUGGCACUUAUGUUAAGGAUUGCAAAACAUCGUGUAAAGAGUGCAAAGAAUGCACAGGCAAACCAGGAAUAGCUCAUCGCGAUCUGAAGAGUAAAAAUAUUCUGGUGAAGGCAAAUCUCAGUUGUGCUAUUGGCGAUUUGGGACUUGCUGUUCGUCAUAAUCCCAAAACAGACACCAUCGACAUACCAUCAACACAUCGUGUUGGCACAAAACGUUACAUGGCACCAGAGGUUCUUGACGACACAAUCAACACAAAUCAUUUCGAUGCAUUUAAACGUGCUGACAUUUAUGCAUUUGGAUUAAUUCUUUGGGAGAUUGCGAGACGUUGUAAUAUGGGAAAUAUUUAUGAUGAUUAUCAAUUGCCAUUCUUUGAUGUUGUGCAGCCAGAUCCAAGUAUUGAAGAGAUGAGAAAGGUCGUUUGUAUUGAUAACCAACGUCCAAUUAUUCCCAAUCGCUGGCAAGCGUCUGAUGUUCUUCACAGCAUGUCGAAGAUCAUGAAAGAUUGUUGGUAUCAAAAUCCAGCUUCACGUCUCAGCGCAUUAAGAGUGAAGAAGACGUUGGCUAAUUUAAGUUUCAAUGAGAAGUUGGAAAUGAUAUGAAGAUUCAAUGAAACUGGUACAACAUUUUUAAGAUGUUAAUAUAAUAAUGAUUUUGUAUCGAUCUCUUACCCUGAGUUCUGCUAGAGGUCAACGUGCCCAUAGUUGUAUGCUGUUCUCUGUUCUGAGAUGUGUUGUCAAAUAAUUGCGUGGGAAAUUAAUUGUUUUUUUUUUAAUAAUGAUGCUGAUAACUUUGAUUGCAGAAAGACUAGAUUUAUAAGUCUUUAGGGUACCAAAAUAACGAAAAGAUAUGCUACCAAAUACGCUAAGAAUUUAGGAUUAUUAUCGAACCAGAAAUCACUUUUUUAUGUUUGUUUCUUCUUCUCAUCAAAUCAAUUUAAUUUUUUGGCAACUUAAACGUUUUUGUUUGUUUUUCAAACUUUUUUUUAAAUGAUCUCUCAACUGAUUAACUGUAAUGAAGCUUUUCUUAACAUCUUCCUGACUUUUAAACUUUUACAAGAGAAAUUUUUGUUAAUUCAUUUUGUUAAAUGUGGACAAUUUUCCUUUCCUUUUUAUUAUAUUUUGUAAAUCAUGUUACAAACAAAAACCUGUUACAGAUGACCUGAAAGACUUUCCAGUGAUGACGUCAAUGAUAAAUCGUUGACUUCAUUUAUUUCCACACACUUUGACUGUAUGAUAAAUAAUAGAACCAUAAUAAUAAUUACGCAACAAUACAAAUAUCGAAAGUUUUCCAAAAAUAAAAACUUGUUUUGUCUGUUUUUGGCAAUGCCACCCAGAGUAAUAAUUAAUUAAAAAAAGAAGCCAACCUGUUGAACAAUCUAAGUAAAUAAACUUCAGACAAUUCUCUCAAUAUAAAAAGAUAACAAAAGAAAUAUUUUAGAAAGAUCAUUUAGAUACUAUCUAGAUUAUCUCCUCCUGACCGCUGUAGCAAGUCGAUAAAUACUUCUCCAGUGACUUUUUGCACCGACAUGUACCAUGAGAUUUAUUUAGUUAACUAUAGGAUCUAGUUUUUCUUUCAUUUCGGGUAAACAACAUAAUAUUAAGAUUAAAGUGUAAGAAUGAUGAUUAGUCAUAAGCAGAUGUGCUUGUUGAAAAGUUAAAAACAAAAAAAACUUUAAGCAGACACUAAACUACCUACCUUGUGUAAAAAUUAAUUAUUUCUUAUAUUUUAUAAACAAGAAUGGAUGAUUUUAAAAGAAAAAGAAGGAAAUAUCGUCUUAAGGUUUUCUUUCUUGUCGUUUUUGUUUUCUUAUUUUAUUAUUUCUUGAUAUAAAAUACGAAGUAAGAAUGAGAAUGAAAAAUUUAUGAUUUUAAUUUGUAUUUAAAUGUUAAAGUUGCUGCAAAAUGAAGAUGAAUACUUUAUACUCUAAAAUGCUUUGUAUAAUACUUCAAGAAAAUAUAUUCAUACAUAUUACCGGUAACUUCUUUAUUCAUAAAUCAAGAUUACCUUGAUGAAAAUAGAAAGAGAACAAAAAAUAGUAACUCACAUACACCCACAAACACAAAAGAAGGCAAAGAUAACCAUAAUUACCAAAAAACCAUUUGAGAUGAAAAAAUUCUCCUUUAUUUUUCUGGGAUAUGAUAAUAUUGAUUGUAAAUGAAAAUUUAAGAUGUAGUUUUGGUGAGAUUUGAUCAAAAAGCAUUCUGUUCGAUGUGGCAAAUUAUCGUAUCGUAAUUCAUGUUGUCGAACAAAUGUUUUUCGUUUAACUUGUCACCAUACUUUUGAUGGAUGAUAAGUGAGAAUAUGAGAAAAAAGAAGAAAAUAAAAAAGCUAUAAAAACUGUUAUGACGUACGAAUUAAAAAUAUAAUCUAUGAAAGUUGGUUGUCGCGCGCGAAA